UUUGACUUUGAUUUGACUUUUAGAAGUCGAAGUUGACCAAUAUAUUCGUGCUUUCCUAUUUUUUAAAGUUAUAUUUUGUUCUAUUCAGUUCCAAAAAAGCACAAGAACCACUUGGCAAAAUGGCCUUAAAUAAAUUAAGUAUAGAAAAAGUUUGCUUUGGCGGAAAAAGAGUUUUUAUUCGAGUGGAUUUCAAUGUGCCUUUAAAGGAUGGUGUCAUCACAAAUACCCAACGUAUUGUUAGUGCUUUACCCACAGUUCGAUUUAUUUUAGAUCAAGGUGCAAAAUCAGUCGUUUUAGCUUCACAUUUGGGACGUCCAGAUGGAAUUAGAAAUUGUAAAUUUUCGAUGAAACCUUGUGUGGAUGUUCUAAAAGAACAAUUGGGCAAAGAAAUUACGUUCCUAGACGAUUGUGUUGGACCAACAGUAGAAGCAGCUUGCGAAAAUCCUCCAAACGGUUCAGUUAUUUUAUUAGAAAAUUUACGAUUCCAUUUAGAAGAAGAAGGUAAAGGAAUAGACGCCGAAGGUAAAAAAGUUAAAGCAGACCCAGACAAUGUGAAAAGAUUUAGAGAAUCGUUGAGAAAAUUAGCCGACAUAUAUGUAAACGAUGCUUUUGGAACCGCACAUAGAGCACAUAGUUCAAUGAUGGGCGAAGGCUAUGAAAUUCGUGCUGCUGGAUUAUUAUUGAAAAAAGAAUUAUUAUAUUUUGCAAAAGCUUUAGAUAAUCCAGCAAGACCAUUCCUUGCAAUUUUGGGAGGUGCAAAAGUUGAAGAUAAAAUACAAUUGAUUGAUAAUUUAUUAGAAAAAGUUGAUGAAAUGAUUAUCGGUGGCGGUAUGGCGUUUACAUUCCUUAAAGUUAUCAAUAAUAUGAAAAUUGGUGGAUCGUUAUUCGAUGAGAAAGGUGCUGCAAUUGUACAAAACUUAAUGGAUAAGGCUAAAAGUAAAAAUGUACAAAUUCACUUGCCUGUUGAUUUUGUUACUGCUGAUAAGUUUGCCGAAAAUGCCGCUACUGGUUCUGCAACCGUUGCUGAAGGAAUUCCAGAUGGGUGGAUGGGACUUGAUGUCGGACCAAAAACACAAACUGCUUUCGUAGACCCUAUAAUGAGAGCUAAAACAAUUGUAUGGAAUGGACCUCCUGGUGUUUUUGAAUUUGAGGCAUUUUCACAUGGAACUGAAACCAUAAUGAACGCAGUUGUAGCUGCCACAGCUGCAGGCGCUGUCAGUAUAAUCGGUGGUGGGGAUACAGCUACAUGCUGUGUUAAAUACAAAACAGAAGAAAAAGUAUCACAUGUAUCGACAGGUGGUGGUGCAAGUUUAGAAUUAUUAGAAGGAAAAGUAUUACCGGGUGUUGCAGCAUUAUCUAAUCCUGACGAUGUGAAACAAUGAGGUAGAGCAAUUGAGAAACUUGGUCGAUUAAUAUCACCAUAAAAGUUUAUCAGUUUAUAUCAUAUGUGUAAUUUAUGAGCCAAAUAUUUAUACAUAAUAUAUUUUCGAAUUGUUAUUUUA